GCCCGGCCGGGUGGUGCCUCCCCUCCCCUCCUCUGAUGGUGUUUUCUUCUUUUUCAUUUUUGGCGGGGGAGCGGCGGCUGCGGAGGGCAGCGCUUUGCUCUCCGCGCUCGGGGGCCGGCGCCUGCCGCGGUGCGGAUGCGUGUGGACGAGUCCUCGUGAAACCAGCUCCCGACGUUUCCAAAAAAAACCCAAACCCAAACAAACCGCCCACUUGGAUAAUUAAAACGGUUUUUGGCAGUAUCUGGUGUUGCUAAGGGUGAUUUAAUUCCUAAUUCCAGCCCAAUCCCCAGGCUUACUGGCACAGAGGCAGUUUUUUCAAGGCUAUUCCAAACACAGGAGAUGAAUCCCUGCUGCAGAGGAGGAGCACACUGACAAGUCACCUUCACUCCUCUUCUAACAAACUCUUCUGAGACCCAUUCUCCCUCAAAGCUGUCCUGACUGGAAAACAUGGAGCACUUCGUAACAUUCAUGGAAUAAUGAAGCAAGGACAAAGCCUCCUGGAGGGAGACGUGUCAAAGGAGUCACAGCCAGCAUCCUGCAAUUUAUACAGCCUCAGUAGGAAAUAUGAAGGUAACAGCUACCGAUAAAGAUCACCUUUAAAAGGGAACAUGGAUUUAAUAAACUCAACUGAACAAAACAGUACAUCAGAAGAACUAUUCAAAUGGGUGACAUCCAAGAUUCUCAUUUCCAUUACCCUGUCUGUGCUUGCACUAAUGACAACCGCUAUCAAUUCACUCGUAAUGACUGCAAUAAUUGUGACAAGAAAGCUCCACCACCCGGCCAACUAUCUAAUCUGCUCUCUUGCAGUGACUGAUUUCCUUGUGGCAGUACUAGUGAUGCCCUUCAGCAUUGUCUACAUUGUAAAGGAGACCUGGAUCAUGGGACAAGUGGUGUGUGACAUUUGGCUGAGCGUGGACAUUACGUGCUGCACAUGUUCCAUCUUGCAUCUCUCUGCCAUUGCUUUGGACCGGUACAGAGCAAUCACGGAUGCUGUGGAAUAUGCACGGAAAAGGACACCUAAGCAUGCUGGCAUCAUGAUUGCCGUGGUAUGGAUCAUAUCCAUUUUCAUCUCCAUGCCGCCUUUGUUUUGGCGGCACCAGACGACCAGCAGGGAUGAUGAAUGCAUCAUCAAACACGACCACAUUGUUUUCACCAUUUACUCUACAUUUGGCGCCUUCUAUAUCCCAUUGGCCUUGAUUCUGAUCCUUUAUUACAAGAUAUACAAGGCAGCAAAGACAUUUCACAGAAGAAGCAUCAGCCGGAUUGUAAGGGAGGAGGUAAACGGACAAGUCCUUUUGGACGCAGGUGAAAGAAGCACCAAAUCGGCUUCAAUGCCCAGCACAACAGAGAAGACAUCAGAUCCCCUGGUGAACUGUGAUAAAAUCAAUAUCACCCUACGAAGCCCCAGGUCUGAAUCAAAGCACGAGAAGUCCUGGAAAAAACAGAGAAUCUCUAGCACAAGAGAGCGAAAGGCAGCAACUACGCUGGGUCUGAUCUUGGGGGCAUUUGUGAUCUGCUGGCUUCCUUUUUUUGUAAAAGAAGUAGUUGUUAAUACCUGUGAAAGAUGUCACAUCUCAGAAGACAUGUCUAAUUUCCUAGCAUGGCUGGGAUAUAUAAAUUCCCUUGUUAACCCUCUAAUCUACACAAUUUUUAAUGAAGAUUUCAAGAAAGCCUUCCAGAAGCUUGUGAGGUGUAGGCAAUAUCUUUAAGAGCUUUUGUUCCUAUAAGGAGAACAUACUCAUUGUUUUUUAACCUGUAUAAAUUUAUGUAACUGAGAUGGCAUUUGUUGUAUUUAAGGAAAAUCACCAAGACUCUGCAUUUACAUUAUGACUUUUUUGUAUCAGUAGUACUGGGAGCAUAAAUUGCCCAAGUUUUAAAGAGAUGGAUCAUCUGGGAUCAGUUUUGCUCCGGAAAAAGAGGUAGCAUAUUGUGGCUCUGAUCCGGUUGGGAUUUGCACAGCUGCCUAGCUUGAAGCAUAAGGUAUUACCUUAAAUAUGAAGGAACUAUCUACUUGAAGUAGACAAAGAAACAAAUUUUUUUUAAAAAGGUAACCCUCCAUCAUCAAUGAAAUUUUAAGCAAAACAACACACAGGUUUUAAACACUAACUGUAAGAAGAUAGAAAAUACACCUUGGAAUUAAGCAUGAUUUUAUUAGUUUGGCACAGGCUCACAGCACGAAGCCAAGCCAUUCCCAGUGAAGGGCACUAGCUUUAAACGUAUCUAGCAUCAUCCUAUGUUGAUUAGCUGAGUGCAGCUGCAGCCCUGCCUCCUCCUGUAGAUGAAGGAUUUCCCGGUGUUACACCCUCACAGCACGCCAGCAACAGGCAAGGUGCUUUCAUGGGUUACCAGUUUCAUAACAAGCCAGUGUUACGAGCCCUCUGCCACUGGGCACCCACAACAGACAUGGGCAUAGCCCCAAGGGAAACAGACAGACAGUUGGGGCACCUCCAAUGAGCUGGGUAGACAAAGUGCCAGGUGCUCUGAGACACCAUUUCAGCAGGGACUGGGGAGGGUGAGUUCAUAAAGAGCAGCUGGUGCUCGUUAUGGAGAUGUUAGAGGUGAGAUAAACAUGAGACAGUCCCUUCUUCAUGUCCUCAUCCCUAGCUCACACACCUGGCUAGGUACAGCCCCUAUGACUUUCAGCACCAAACCCAGACACACAGUUUGUGCCAGGACUCCCAGAGCACUGCUGAUGGUGGGAGGCUUAGUGAGGUUUGGUUGAGGGCCACCUAAUGACGAACUCAGGCUGACCGCUCCAGCUCGGCAUGUUCAGCCCUCCACCCCCAGAAGCCUGAUGUCCCCUGAGUCUUUUCUCAACAGCCUCAAGCACUAGGGCUGUGCACCAUCUUUCCAAGCAUGUGAGAAAGGAGAGACCGACCAUGGUUCUGGAAGCGUGGGUCUCUGGAAAAUGUGGUGCAGCAGCUUCUCCAGGAGGGCAGGGCGAGCAACCUCAGUAUGUAGUGCACAACUGGGCAGAGAAUCCUGUGGGGUGCUCACUAGCUGGCACCUCUAAAGCCCUCCUUCCCCCAGAUCAUCUAGUCCAUGCCCCCGGUCCCACCAGAGCUAAAAGGCACUCCAGCCAGCCCUGGCCAGCUGGUUCAGUCAAAGAUAACCACAACGAAUAAAUCCCCUUGUGGGCUGCAUAUAGGCCUCAAAGAUGGCACCUUGACCAAUCUUGAUUUACAUGCCCCAGAUGCCAUGCCUCAGCAUUAAUGAGUGCAAGAACAGCCCUUGCCUCAAAACCAGCGGUGCAAGUUUGCCAACAGCUGAGGGUACUAACAGAGCAGUGGCAUUUACACCCGAGUGCAGAUGAGUCACUAAAACCCAACCAGAACCCAGGGACAGGUUUUGCACUUUUCAGGACAAACAGAUUCAGGCUGUGUUACUAAGACCCUGGCUUUGUAUUCACUGCCAGACAUUCUGUGCUCUCUGGAAAGAAUAGGGACCUGAGGCUCCUUAUAGGAACUACAAACCCCACUGUCAGCAGCAGCAUUCUCUUGCAAAGGUGCUCUGAUUUGGCACAUGGGCCAGCAGCUUAGGCACAUCACAAAAAAAGCUGAGAUGUGAGACCACAGAGCACAUCCUUAGUUUGGGAAAGGUAUCACUGCUCUUUGAAGUUGUUCUUCCAAGCGACUUUCAGCAGUUUGCAUUAGAGAAGAAAACCCAUAAAGAAGCCAUCACUGUCGUUUCUCCCUCCCCCUCUUCCCUCCCCUGUAUUACAAACUCUGGAGUUUAAUAAUUUUUGUAUUUUGCCCACUAGCUACCAGCUGACACAACAUCUGUCAGAGGUAUUUCUUGCAAGAUGACAAGGUUUGAAACCUGAGAUACUGAACUAAUUUGUUUCUGUCACUUGCAACUUACCGUAUUCUGCUUUCAUAUCAAGGUCCAAAUGAGAUGCUGUUCAGAAGUACUAGAAAUGGUGCAUUUGCUUUACAGUUGAUUUUAACCCGUCAGGAAUCUAAUGGAAAGCUCACUUGUCAUGCCGUGUAGCUCUAGCACAGCAGUAGCACAGCUAAAUGUGAAGAUACUAGGAUGCGACAGAAUGGAAUCUGGCUCAUGCUCAGUGCAUGCUAGCGCACUUUACUACCAUUGCAGUCAGAGCACAGCCUCUGCAGCCUCCAUGACCUUGGUAAUGGCUGCAUUAUGCUGAAAGAAAAAACUGCUUUAUACAUCAGCCGUGCUCUACUGUCUCCAGAAAGAGCCAUGGAAUUCAGCUUUCUAAAAGGAUUAGCAGAUUAGCAGAAGUCAGCAAAGAAAACCCCACUGAAACAUUUAAGAUUGAAGACCUCUGUUUCCCACGUUUCCUGAGGACUGAGUCAUAACAUUGGAUAUCUAGGGGCAGGACUUCCUCUCCCCCUGCUUCUCCCUUUAUGACUGCUGGAGGGUAGAGUAUAUUGUUUAUCCUCCUACACAUAAGAAGUUUGACAAUAUCUUGUGAAAUCAAAUUGGAAGAAAAAAAUAGAGGUUGCUUUUGAGGAGAAAAGAUACUUAAAAUACUCAUAUUUAAAUAAUAACAGAUAAAGCUCAAAGAAUGGAGCAAUAUGUAGAUAAACAGAAAAUAUCUUUCAUUUAUGCACUGUUAACAGUAUUAUACUCUGAAUCUAAUUAAGAUGCUAAACAUUUCUCAAGAUGCAGGGUGGUUUCUUUUGUAUCAUUUUCACUGAGCUGUAUCUGCUCACCCUUCAACACCCCAGUGGUGGAAGAUGCAACUACAAGAAAUCUAAGCAAACGAGUGGGUAGUUAUCCUAUUAAAAGCACUUGCGGCUUGUGGACCAUCAUUUCUUGGUGUCUGACUGCAACUCAUCACUCAUUCUCUAACAGAAUCCACUGUGCCGAACA